GGGCUUUCUUGCAGUAUUGUUUGAUUGCAAAAGAACGUUGCAACACCACCAGUCCUUGCAUGCAGCACGAUAGAAGCAAGUGGUGCAGUAGCAAGAGGGACAAAAGACGAAAAAGGAAUUACCAGGGUUGUUCUCACAAUCUAUGAUACCUUGUUGUUGAGUUGGUUCAUGCCGUGCUUCUGUAGCUAGCUAGUAGAGAUUGCGAGACAAGAGCGAAAGAAACAAUUCUAAAGAUAGGAACAACCAAUAAAUGGAGUUGGUGAGAUGAACAAUGGGGGACCAGUUGACCGGCAUCUCACAGCGGGCGACGAGCUCGCUUUUGGCCCCAAUGAUGUCUUGAGUGGAAGAACCAAGUUGUCUUUCAACCACAUCGGCAACCGGCGCUUUCGCGAGGUGGUGGCGCAGUCGAUAGACGACUACAACUCCGCUCAAUCCCGCGCCGAAAAGUAUGGGAUUGUCGAGACGAUAAUGGACGAGAUUGCCAAGUCCGACGGUAGGUUCCUCAAAGAGGAUGAUGAUGGAAACUGGUUAGAGUUGGAACCAGAUACUGUUAGACAAAAGAUAGCACAUGCUAUACGAGAUACUACCAAGAAAAAAGAAGCCAAGAGACUCAAAGCAUUACAGCAGUUUGGUAGUAGAGAUCGAGGGAUCAGGCUUCCAACAUUAGCCAAGUCCUCUGCUACUGUUCCUCCAAGGAGACCUCCGGCAAAGCCAAAACCAGAUUUAGGAGGUAUUACCUCUUUGGUACAGGGCUUGGAUCAAUAUCGAAAGAAUAUGCAGUCUCGAAGCUCCAAUGCUCGCACACAAGACGAUGACAACGACGACGAUGGUGAUACUAAAAUGCCCGCAUUUUCCACCAACAUGGGAUUGCCUUCGAUACCCCAAAAACUGCCCUUUGGGCUGGCGAUGGGCGAUGCCUUAAUGGAAGGAAUGGAGCGUGCACCGUGUGCGCCUAAGAGUGCUGACAUUCUUGGCGGUGUAGAUGCUGCGAUGAAACCACUCGGCAUGGGGUUGGAUAAUUUUUCCAUGAAGCCAAAGAACCGAUACCAACUGAGACCGGACGAUCAGGGCCUUGGUCUCUUGGAUCCGGGCUCCCUCAGACCAGGGGGGGUUGGGACCGUCGCACUCCCCAAAGAACCUCCGGCAACACUUUUGCGAAGUGAUAGCACCCCUCACCAAAAAGAACCACCCGGAGAGCUCAUGCGAAGUGAUACCCACGAACAUGCGGGGCUUGCUGCUACCAUGAGUGACCUCAGUGAGCCUCCGUAUCAUGCCGACCACCUGUCACCAGGUUUGGGGGCACACGACGACGAAGGGUCGUUUCCUGAAGAGCCCCCAUUGGCGCACGACGAAGACGACUUUCUCUCCAAGAUCAACCAGUUGCCCGGUUUGUCUGAUCACGCCGAUUAAUCCCUCUCGAGACGCUGGGUUUUUUGCCCUCAUUUUGAGUCGAUGCAGCAGCGUCUGGCAAGACGGACGUUCCGUCUUGCUCUGUCGCCGUGGUCACAGAACCGUUCCCAACAGUUGAUGAUGGAGAGUUCCCCGAGAGCAGUCCAUGGCCGCGAUUUGCUGUGGCGAGGCUGCACACAGAGUUGGCCUUUUACUCAUUGGUCCUUUGGGACCCAGCGGAGGCGAUUAUUAUGCCUGUGGUUUGGCUCGGAGGAACACAACGGAUCAGGGGUUGCGUUCGCAGUACUUUUAGUCUAUAACUUGUAACUAUAGGGAAUACAUCUUGUACUGG